UGACUAAACAGAAUUCGAUAAACGACUUUUCAGUCAGAAAAUACUGCACAAUAUUAAAAAUAAAAUUAUUUUGAGCCAUCUAAACUGUAACUGAUUAUUUUGCGGCUGCUUUCACGUUGUUGUGUUUUGGUUAGCGAUUGGUGAGAAAUUAGAAAAUUAUUUUUAAAUAAUUAUGCCACCCAAGAAGAAGGAAGAGCCUGAGCGACCAGCUCUUUUGGGACGUCUUGGCACUAAUCUUAAAGUUGGUCUUGUAGGUUUACCUAAUGUAGGCAAAUCUACAAUAUUUAAUAUCUUAACAUCAAGUCAAGUUGCUGCUGAAAAUUUUCCAUUUUGUACAAUUGAUCCCAAUGAAAGUCGUGUGCCCGUACCAGAUACAAGAUUUGAUUACCUUUGUGAAUAUUACCAACCCUUGAGCAAAGUACCAGCUUUUUUAAAUGUGGUAGAUAUUGCAGGACUUGUUAAAGGAGCAAACGAAGGUCAAGGCUUAGGCAAUGCUUUCUUGUCGCACAUCAAAGCCUGUGAUGCCAUUUUUCAUUUGUGUCGGUGUUUUGAGGAUGAAGAUGUUUCCCAUGUUGAAGGUGACAUUAAUCCAGUUAGGGACAUUGAUAUUAUCAAUGAAGAAUUAAGGCUCAAAGAUGAAGAAUAUCUUCUAGGUAUUGUUGAUAAACUUGAAAGGACAGUCCUGCGAGGAAGUGAUAAAAAAUCAAAACCAGAAUAUGAUAUCUUGUGUAAAAUAAAAGCCUUGUUAGUUGACGAAAAGAAACAUAUAAGGUUUGCUGACUGGAAUGCUGCUGAGAUUGAAGUUCUAAACAAACACCUGUUUUUGACUUCGAAACCUAUGAUUUAUUUAAUCAACCUUUCAGAAAAAGAUUAUAUUAGGAAGAAAAAUAAAUGGUUACCCAAAAUCAAGGAAUGGGUAGACAAACAUGAUCCCAAAGCUGCCAUGAUUCCUUUCAGUGGAGCUUUUGAACAUAAAGUUUCAGAAAUAGAAGAUGCUGAAGAGAAGAAGAAAUUCUGCACUGAAGCUGGUGCCAAUAGUAACUUAGAAAAGAUAAUUGUGACUGGAUAUCGAAGUCUUCAGCUGUGUUACUUCUUCACUGCUGGUAAAGAUGAAGUUAAGGCAUGGACGAUUCAAAAGGGAACCAAGGCUCCUCAGGCAGCUGGUAGAAUUCAUACAGAUUUUGAAAAGGGUUUUAUUAUGGCUGAGGUUAUGAAAUUUGAUGACUUUAAAGAAGAAAAAACUGAAGCUGCUGUGAAGGCUGCUGGAAAAUAUCGGCAACAAGGUAGAAAUUACAUUGUAGAAGAUGGAGAUAUAAUACUAUUUAAAUUUAAUGCAGGUGCAGGUCUGCAAGCAAAGAAAAAGUGAUGUAAAUUGCAAUACUCAGAUCUAAUAAAUUCUUGUAUUUAUUA